AUGUAUAUAGGUGGCGCAGACACGACGACAUCUACCCUGGAGACAUUCUUCCUCGCUAUGACGCUGCACCCUGAGGUCCUGCAAGAGGCGCAGCGCUCUGUGGACCGGGUCUGCGAGGGGCGGCUCCCCGACUUUUCGGACUACGACGCGCUGCCGUGGGUACAUGCCAUCGUGAAGGAAUGUCUACGCUGGCGACCAGUCGCCCGGAUGAACUUGGCGCACAUGGUGACCAAAGAUGACGUCUACGAGGGCUAUCACAUCCCGAAAGGCUCUAUCGUCCUCGCGAACAUCUGGGCGAUCCUGCACGACCCAGAGGUAUACACCGAUCCCGAAGCCUUCAACCCGCGCCGCUUCCUCCGAGCAGGGCCAGGCGCAGAUGCAGCGGAUGCGGCGAACGUCGAGCUCGACCCGACAGUGCGCGAUCCGACGGUGGUCACCUUCGGCUUCGGACGGCGGAUCUGUCCCGGGAAACACAUGGCGUACCAGUCCCUCUGGGUCGCAGUAGCGAGCAUAGUCGCUGCGAUUGACAUCACCAAGGCUGUCGACGAACACGGUAAAAUCAUCGAGCCGAGUGGGGAGUACACGUAUGGGCUCAUUUCGGCACCGAAGCCGUUCAAGUGUUGUAUUCGCCCGCGGUCCGCUGCGCAUGCGGCGUUGGUGCAAGCUGCUCUAGAGCAAGAUGCUUGA